AUGACGGUUUCUACCACGGCCAGGAACACCGUCGCCAUCAUUGGAGCGGGGCUGACGGGUCUGCUCGCGGCACAUGGGCUGCAGCAGAAUGGCUUCCGCGCCGUCGUCUUCGAACGAGAGGCCAGCAUCGAUGCAAGGGACCGUGACUGGACCAUGUUGGUCCACUGGGCCAUGCCCAUCUUCGAGAAGUUGGUGCCAAAGGACAUCAUUGCGGAUCUGAAGAGCGCCGUUUGCAACCCCUAUCUGGACUUCAACAAUGAGGUAGAGAGCAUUCCCUGCUACAACGGCGUCACCGGCGACUUGCUCUUCCGCAGCCCCCUGCCUAAUGCGAGGCGAGUCAGCCGGCAGGCAUUGCGCCGGUUGCUUGCCCGGAGAGUCGACAUCAGGUGGAAUGCCCCUCUGAAGCAUCUUGUUCCCACGAACUCCGGAGUGCAGAUCAGAUUGGAGGACGGCAGUGUCUUUGACUGUGACUACGUCCUGGGAGCCGACGGCUCGUCGUCUAAAGUACGAGAGUUUCUGCUGGGCCCUGACGUCUCCCGGCCUCGCGGCUCCGGGUUCCAGUUUGCCACGGGUAUCACAAAGUUUGGAGACGCCGAGAAGACGGAUGCGAUUGUGCAGGCCCAUCCUGUGGCCGCGCUGAUGAUGGGAACAGCCUCGGUCGGGGCUGUUGGCGUCAUGUCAGCCGACAAUCCAGCCGAUGAAUCCAACUGGACGAUAUUCUGGACCAAGAUAUGGAACGGCGAGGCGGUGCAUCUCAGGGGCAACGACGCGCUCACCUACGUGAGGGAGAAGACGACGCCGUUGCGCGACGUCUUCCAACACGCCAUUGACUGGACGCCGGAAGACAGUAACGUCUUCAUUGACGAGAUGAAGUACUGGAACCCAGUGCCCUGGGACAACCAUGGAGGCCGAGUGACGCUCGCUGGCGACGCGGCCCAUCCCAUGCUGAUAUAUCGCGGCCAAGGGUUUCAGCACUCCAUCACAGAUGUCGACAACUAUGUCAAGGCGUUGACCGGGCUGAAGACGCUGAGCAGCAACAAUGCGCGCAGAGAGGCGGUAAUGGCCAGCUACGACGACGAGAUGAUUCGGAGAGGGGCCAAAGCGGUCCAGGAAUCCUUGGCGGAGGCGAGGAAGUCAUUCGACCUGGACACAGUCAAGAAGAUGCUCAUGGCAACCCGGGGACAUGCCAAGAGCGAGUCAUGA